UCUCAGAAACAGAAUGUAGAUCUGAGCAGACAGGCCAAGUUCGCCCAGACCCCGUCCUUCGCUCUGUUUGUCACCCUGAAGAACGUGGUGUGUAAGAUCGGAGAAGAUGCAGAAGUCCUCAUGUCGCUCUACGACCCCGUUGAGUCACAGUUCAUCAGUGAGAAUUACCUGGUGCGAUGGUCCAGUCAAGGCCUGGUCAAAGAUAUAGAGCAGCUCCAUAACCUGAGAUCCGUCUUCACCGACCUUGGCAGUCAGGAUUUGAAGAGAGAGAAGAUCAGCUUUGUGUGUCAGAUCGUUAGAGUUGGACGGAUGGAGCUGCGUGACAACAACACCAAGAAGCUGACCUCUGGGCUGAGGAGACCCUUUGGAGUAGCAGUGAUGGAUGUGACUGACAUCAUAACAGGCAAGAUGGAUGAUGAGGACAAGCAGCAUUUCAUCCCCUUCCAGCCGGUGGCGGGGGAGAGCGACUUUCUCCAGACCGUCAUCAACAAGGUCAUCGCCGCCAAGGAGGUCAACCACAAGGGACAAGGUCUGUGGGUGACCCUGAAGCUGCUUCCGGGUGAUAUCCAUCAGAUCAGGAAGGACUUCCCUCACCUGGUUGACCGUUCCACAGCCGUAGCCCGCAAGAUGGGCUUCCCAGAGAUCAUCAUGCCAG